UCUCAAUGGCGCCAUUUUUGUUGUAUGCAUUUUGAAUCAGCUAGUAGAAUAAUAAUUCGGCUGGAUUUUUAAAUUAAUCUUCGAUUUUUUAAAGSCUUGUGUCAUGGAUACUAAUGAGAGAGUUAUCCAAGCUUUACAUGAAUUCGAGAACAUGACAGAUGCGGACAAAGUCCUUACUCAAGAAUUAGAAGAUGUGUUUAUAGAGAUUGCUCACACUGGCAGAAUUCAAAUUCCCUGGAUUUACUUAAAGCCUGUAUUUAUGUUUAAAUUGGACAAGGUUAUGAGAGAUUUUUUUGAGAGUAGUCCAUCACGAAAUAGUACCUCAUCAGAACCAACCCACACAGCAGAGUUUGAUGUUAUGAGACAAAGAUUAUUAGAUUGUAUUGAGUCUUUUACAAGUGCACCAUUUACAGUACAAAGAUUAUGUGAAUUAAUGAUUGAACCAAAGCGACAUUACAAAAGUAGUGACAAAUUCAUGAGAGGAGUGGAGAAGAAUGUUCUUGUAGUUAGCACGAUGGCAGACAUUGAAGGAGAAGAMCUUACCAAUAAUCAUGAAAAUACAAGCAUACCCAAUGGACCUGUCACCAAUGGCAUUAUAUCAACUGCAAGCGCUACUGAAAUGACCUCAGUUACCGAGUGUGAAAGUAAUGGCAAAYWUUCAGAGYAUUAUCAUGACACACACUACCCAACAACAGAUGAAUUACAACACUUGAAUGGAAAUGCAACACAGGAAAAUGUGCAAGUAAAUGAAGAGCGUAGAAUAGAGGAGGAAAAGUCUAUAGAAGAUGAAGUGGAGGAAAAACCAUCAGAACAAGGGAACGAUACUGAAAACAAAACCACGGAAAGUGAGGAUAUUUUAAAGGAUAAAUGUAGUGAUGAUGGUAGUUCACCAGAGCUUUUAGAACAACCUUCAAAGGAAUUAUAUGAACAAGAAGGAGCGAGUAAUACAGAAAAUGAAGRAGAUAAAACCACAAAUAAUAGUGAAGAAGAAAAAAGUAUUGAGAACAUAGAAGACACAAAGGAAGAUUCAAUAGGACAGGCAGAUGAAAUGAACGAGAAAAAUAAAGACAGCAAACAAGAUGAUAUUCCUGAAGUCAACUGUGAUGUGCCAAUGGAAGAGAACUAACAUGAAAUUAAGCAAAAAAGUUUAACUGUAAAAAGAACAGACCUGGACCUGCAUUAGAAAUAACAUCUUAUAGACACGAUAUUACAGCCAGCAAAGUGAUCUGCUAUAAUUUGUUCCAUCUUUCUCUAGUUGCUACGGUCUACCCUUUGGGCUUCCUGUGUCAGACUGAAGUUAUUAACACAGGACGCCCAUUUCAAACUGUAGUGGGAAUGCUUCUUUUUGAAGUAGCCUUUGGCAACAGAAAAUGGGAAAGCUGCUAUCACAUAUUUGCAAUUAAGAAYAGGUAUAUAUUUCAAUGAAUUAAGUUUUGAAAUAUGAGGAGGCAUAGCAUGCAUAUUAUAUGGCRUUUUGGAGGGAGGAGAAUUAGAAAAGUGCCCUUUCUUCUCCCAUUUUCUCCCWCUUUUCCCAAAAAAACACUCAGCUGUGCAUGCUAAUGGAGCCAAGAAUAUGCAGUCACAGAAAUGAUAAUCUAAACUUUAACUGUCGCUCUUUACACUCAAAAAUGUAUAAUGGCACUUGCUUUCAAUCUCUUUCUCAUUUCUUAAAAAAAUUGRUUUUGAUGAUUAUUACCGAUUCUGAAUGAUCAUGAUUUUCCUUUCUUUGUAUUAUUUCUUUUUUUUUUAAUUUGUCGUCUGAAAGAUCAUCUAUUAAUAUAUAAGAAUAUCAUCAGAAUCUCUGGAUUUUAUUUUUUCUUAUUGUUCAUUAAACAGUUUUCAUUCA